UUUUGGUAUCUUCAUUAGUUAAUCUGAUAUACUAAUGGCGAGUAGUGAACAAAAGAAAAUGAAGAGCUCUGCAACUGCAAGUCAUGUGAUAAUGGAGAUAGAGGCUAGCAAGCCACAGGGUAAUGGUAUUACGGUAGGAGGGCUCAGCCCCUUGAGUGAGAGCCUGUGGAGGGAGAAGACCGAUAUGGAAUUUGUGGGAGAUGUGUCGGCGAAGGUUACAUGGAAGGAUCUGACAGUGACGGUGACCCUCAGCAACGGAGAGACGCAGAAGGUGUUGGAGAGUCUAACAGGGUAUGCGGAGCCAGGUACCCUCACUGCCCUCAUGGGUCCGUCUGGUUCAGGUAAAUCCACUCUGCUCGAUGCUCUCUCCAGCCGUCUCGCUACCAACGCCUUCCUCUCCGGUACCAUUCUCCUCAAUGGCCGCAAGACCAAGCUCUCCUUUGGAACGGCGGCAUACGUUACUCAGGAUGACAACCUGAUCGGUACUUUGACUGUGAGAGAAACGAUUUCCUACUCUGCUCGCCUUCGUCUCCCCGAUAAGAUGCCUUGGUCGGAUAAGCAAGCUCUGGUCGAGAGCACCAUAAUUGAAAUGGGUCUUCAAGAUUGCGCAGAUACAGUAAUUGGGAACUGGCAUUUGCGAGGGAUCAGUGGUGGAGAGAAGAGAAGGGUCAGUAUUGCUCUUGAGAUCCUGAUGAGACCCAGAUUGCUCUUCCUAGACGAGCCAACCAGCGGACUUGAUAGUGCCUCAGCCUUCUUUGUGACCCAGACACUACGUGGCCUUUCUAGAGAUGGCCGGACUGUAAUAGCAUCAAUUCACCAGCCUAGUAGUGAGGUUUUCGAGCUUUUCGAUCGCCUCUACUUGCUCUCUGGCGGGAAGAGUGUUUAUUUUGGACAGGCUUCAGAGGCAUACGAGUUCUUUGCGCAAGCUGGCUUCCCUUGCCCAGCUCUGAGGAACCCAUCUGAUCAUUUUCUGAGGUGCAUAAACUCAGACUUUGAUAAGGUCAAAGCCACUCUGAAAGGAUCCAUGAAAAUGCGGUUUGAAAGGACUGAUGAUCCUCUGGAGAAGAUGACUACAGCAGAAGCUAUCCGGAAGCUCAUUGAUUUCUAUAACGCUUCUCAGUACAAUUAUUCAGCAAAACAGAGAGUUGAGGAGAUCUCCAAAGUUAAAGGAACUGUGCUAGAUUCAGGAGGGACUCAAGCUAGUUUCUUUAUGCAAGCCUUCACCUUAACAAAGCGCUCGUUUGUCAACAUGUCAAGGGACUUUGGUUAUUACUGGCUGAGGCUUGUGAUCUAUAUCCUAGUGACUCUCUGUAUUGGAUCUAUAUACUUGAACGUGGGGACAGGAUACAAUUCCAUUCUGGCAAGAGGUUCUUGUGCUUCUUUUGUCUUUGGAUUCGUCACUUUCAUGUCCAUUGGAGGAUUCCCUUCAUUUGUUGAGGAUAUGAAGGUUUUCCAGAGAGAAAGGAUGAAUGGACACUAUGGCGUGGCUGCAUUUGUCAUCAGCAACACACUCUCUGCAAUGCCAUUUCUGAUAAUGAUAACCUUUCUCUCAGGAACAAUAUGCUACUUUAUGGUUCACCUCCAUCCAGGGUUCACGCAUUAUCUGUUCUUCGUAUUGUGUUUGUACGCAAGUGUAACAGUGGUUGAGAGCUUGAUGAUGGCCCUAGCAAGUGUUGUCCCUAACUUCCUUAUGGGAAUAAUCACUGGAGCUGGAAUCCAGGGUAUUUUCAUGCUGGUUUCUGGGUACUUCAGGCUCCCAAACGACAUCCCAAAGCCCUUCUGGCGGUACCCCAUGUCUUAUAUCAGUUUCCACUUCUGGGCCCUUCAGGGUCAAUAUCAAAAUGAUCUGAGGGGGUUGUAUUUUGACAACCAAAGCCCAGAUGAACCCAAGAUUCCUGGUGAUUACAUACUGGAAUACAUAUUCCAAAUCGACGUGAACCGAUCAAAAUGGGUAGAUCUCAGUGUACUCCUCAGCAUGAUUGUGAUCUACCGUAUCAUCUUCUUCAUCUUGAUCAAGGUCAAUGAGGACGUGAGUCCUUGGAUCAGAGGUUACAUUGCAAGGAGAAGGCUGCAAUGGAAGAAGCAGCAGCAGGAGGGAAUUAAUCAUAAGACAACAAUAACACCAGAUGAUCCCCGUCGCCUAACCCAAUCGCCUUCCCUAAGGGCCUACGUUGCUAACCAGACAGCAGCAACCAAGGAGCAGAAGAAGAUAGUAGAAUGUUGA